AUGGAACAAGAUAACGAAGAAUGGAUCAUCCUACGAGAAUACCCUGAUGAAAAUGCUACAGACAAUGACGGUAAUAGCCAAGACUCCGAGACAUCAAACGAAGAAAUCAACGGAGACUAUAGGGAAAUAUCAUCAUACAGAAAGAUCAAUAAAAUGGCUGAUAUAAAUAAUUUAAUAGAAGCCUUAACUCACCUUA